AUGGUGCAGCAGAUUUGCACAGUCCCCUCUGCACUUUGUGUGUAUGAUCCUUCUCACUUACAGCAGUGGAUCAAAGGCAAUGUCACCAACUGACCACACUCCAUGUUCAUCUUUGAUGAGAUGGACAAGCUGCAUCCCGGUGUGAUUGACAGUAUUAAGUCCUACCUGGACUACUACAAGAAGCUGGACAGAGUUUCUUAUCAGAAAGCUAUCUUCAUCUUCCUCAGCAAUGAUGGAGGGCAGAGCAUCACAGAGACAGCUUUCGAUUUCUGGAAAUCAGGGCGACAUAGAGAAGAGAUUGAGCUCAAAGACCUGGAAACAUCGUUCUCUACAUCAGCGUUUAAUAAACAGGAGAGUGGUUUGUCGCAUUCACGCUCGAUUGACCAGAACAUGGUGGACUACUUCAUCCCGUUUCUUCCUCUGGAGUACAAAUACGUUGUUCAAUGUAAUCCUGAUGUGUAG